AUUUGUCUCAGAAGCCGUUCAAAAGGAGGCGCUCUCUCAUCACCUGGGCUUUCUGGAGAGGAUCCUCUUCUCACCUGAACGAACUUUCCCUCGCCAGCGGGCCCCGAGGCAUUCUGUUCGGCCAAUCACUGAGCUCCGUCUGCGUGGAGGACGCUCUACCGAAACCCGUGAUGGACAUGAUGGCGUUCCUUUACCACGAGGGUUCGUGGACGCGGGGGAUCUUCCGUCGUCCGGCUGGAGCUCGAGCCGUCCGUGAACUUCGGGACUCUUUGGACAGCGGAGAGUUUCAACUUCCUCUGACAAAAGACCACGUCUUCCUCAUCGCCGGAGUCUUUAAAGAUUUCUUGCGCAGUAUCCCAAGCAGCUUGUUGUGUUGUGAGCUGCAUGAAGAGUGGAUGGACGUUCUGGAGGAAGAGGAGGAGGAAGAGGAACAAUUGCAGGACGUAAAGAGGAUGAUUUUACGGCUUCCCAAAGAAAACGCCCUGCUGCUACGCUACCUGUUAGCAAUGCUGCGCGGUAUCCAGGGCAACGCCCAUGAAAACCAGAUGACGAGCUUCAAUUUGUCCGUGUGCAUCGCUCCCAGCAUGCUUUGGGCUCCAGGAGCUCCUUGCAGCCCUGAGGUGGAGGGAGAGGAAACCAAGAGGGUUUGUGAGCUGGUGAAGUUUAUGAUCGAGCACUGUCAGCAGAUUUUGGGAGAAGAUCCGUCUUCGGUGUUCGGAGGACCGCCACAAAGACUCACUGACGAGAUGGGAUCAG